AAAUAGAUCGUGACGCACGAAGGAAGGAGAAAAGAUCGUAGUAUAAUACGAUCUAUCCUUAUAAGUCCCAUAACAGGAAAGUGCAUCUGAAGGAUACGUCGAGGAGCUAAUAUCAGUUCGUUCACACCGGUCGACGCUCAUUUGUAAAUGCCGACGUUUCAUUGUACCUUCCGCGGCUUUUCGACCGAAGAUGCGAUUGCGCCCGGCUAGUCCUAAAUUCGUCGUGUUACCUCGUCAAGAUCGCGGGACACCGCACGUCGUGAAAAGAACCUAGACGGGACGGGAGAGGCGCAUUGAUUAAACGGCUACGGUGGUUCUCUGCGUCUCAGGCCUGUCAAGCAACACGUCCUUCGUCCACCAUCAAUCUCCGCUGACCUAUACGAAGCCUUCUUCCCCGUCGUCGCCGGCAACAGUAUUAUUCUCUGGCCGGGUGUGAUGGCUGGCGAUCUCUAUUCAGCUCGAUUCUAACGAAUAACCUCGACGAGAGUCGCCUACGAACAUCCAAUCUGAAAAUCCGCAUCCACCGGUCGGUGUGCAUCUGACACCUCGUCAAAUCGACUCACUUUUCGUUUAUCUGCGAUCCCCUUGUGAAUGCUUUACAUUUGUAAUGCUUCAUUCUUGUAGGAUGCUUCCCGACCAACGCGUAAUUAAUUUCCGUCGGUGAGCUCGACAGAGAGAAGACUUACGUAUGUUUUAAGAGAAAAUUUAAUUUUCAUGCUAUUUUGUACACACUUCUGUAGCUUGAUUGUCUCAUCCCAAUUUGACAUGAUUUAGAGUUGGCCCUGUUAAUUCAUAUCGGAAUCUAUUGAAGCCGUUAUGGUGCAUCUGUCGACGAAGAGCCUCGGCUUAGUGAUCUCGGCGAUCAAGAAUCUCCGCGAGAUCCAAGGAUCCACGUCACGAGAGAUCCUUCACUACAUUUCAUCUGUUCACGACAUCCCGGCCACUAAAGCGCGACAUCAGGUGCAGAAUGCCCUGAAGCGCGGCGUCGCUUAUGGCAUCCUGAAGAAGACCGGCGGUCACUACAGUCUGCCAACCGACAGCGAUAUUGCGCGUCAGGAGGUGGCCAUUCAGGAGAUCGAUCUGCUGGACCUGUAUUGCCAACGCAAGAUCAAUCGAUCGCGGAUCUACAAGAUGCAAAUUGACAGAGGCGCUAAGUCCCGAAGGGCAGGCUGCAGGUGCGGCAGGCGAAGGAGACGGAGAAGGUCGCGAGGAUGUGCUCCGGAGACCUGCAGGAGGCGACAAAGAAGGAGAAGGAGUAGAAGGAGAUCGAGGAGGGGCAGGUGUGGGUGCGGAGGUCGCGGCGGAUGUGUUGGCAAACAAGCGGCGACGCUUGAAGGCACACAUGGCCAGAAAGACGACAAGCUGAUCGGGUUGGACAACGAGACGAUGGAGGCCACCGCCGCGGUCGUUGGUACCGAGGGCAGCAGUCGCUCGAGUAUGUCGGGAUCUUCGAGUCCGGAAAGAACGAUUGCGGAUAAUAAUACGGAGUUACGGGAUCGCGAUAUGCCGCUGCAUUAAUCGCGAGAGCGUAAUUAGAGAAUCGCUCUCUCUCUCUCUCUAGGAUUCCGGAACUUGACAAUAUGACUGUUCGAUGCUCGGAGUGGAACUGCACAUGUUCAAACCGCUUCGGAAAGGAUUAAUCCUGUUUUCCAUAUUUGAAAUUGAUCGAAGAAAAAUUCAGCGUGUGACGAAUGUUAUUUCUGCGUAACAACUGAAUUAGCGUUUCUAUUUGAUGACUUUACUUUUGCUACGUGAAAUUGUAUCGUAAGGUGUAUGCACCGAGUUUUGUAAUAAAGUUAUUGUUUUAUGUCGUAAUCGCGUGUUUGCAGAAAUACGUAUCGAAAUUUAGUCGCGUUGUCGAAUUAAGAGCUAUCACCGUUCUUCAGUUAUCGAUAAUCGCGAUGAAUGCGAAACGUAUUCUUCGAAUAUGCCGGGUGCUCUCUGAAUGAAU